CCGGGGAGAGAAGGCACCAACUUGAAGUGGGGACCUAGGCCGAUGUCCUAGAGGGAAGGAUCCCAGGGAGGCCCACGGAAGGCAAAGUGCCUGAUCUCACAUGUAGAGGUGCGGUACAGGGCGCAGGCCGCGCUGCUCUCUCGGUGGUAUCGCCACCAUGGCGGUAGCGAUGCCCGGGAGUGGGGUGGGGGUCUCAGGCUGGACCUGGCGGCCGGUGGCUCGGAACGCGCUUCUGGCUCGGGCCUUCCAUUCAUGCACCGAACUGCGGGGACGGUUCUAUCUGGUGGGGGGUCUUCUAACAGGAGGAGCGAGAGAGCCCAGCAGGGACACGGUGGUCUUCGAUCCGACUGGGGGCCAGGCUGUGCGACUGGGAGCUAGGGACAGCCCCCUGCGCAGUCACCACGACGCGGCAAACGUGGGCGGGCGUUGGCUCUGUGUGGUGGGCGGCUGGGACGGGUCGAGACGCCUGGCCACAGUAGCGGUGCUGGACACAGAGCUUGGAGUGUGGGAAGCAUGGGCGGCGACCCCUGGCAACUGCCCCCCUGCUGGCCUCAGUAGUCACACCUGCACUCGCCUCUCGGAUCGGGAACUGAGGGUGACAGGCCGAGAGGGUGGUACCCACACUCAGCGGCGAUAUGGAAGCAUCUACACCUUAAAGCUGAACCCGAGUGCCCGCACUUAUUGCUACAAAGAAGAAGACUGUCACACAGUCUCCCGCUCAGGUCACAGUGCUGCCCUGCUUCAAAUUCCUGGGCCCCACCCUGGUCAUCAGUUAUUGCUCUUUGGGGGUUGCAACUCAGCUGAACCAGAAGUAGCUGGGCAAUGGAGUCAUGGGAAGAUUAAGGAGGAACCUCCUGUUGCCCCUCGUUUGAUGGAACAGCUUGCAAGGCUUGUGAGCAAGGGGCAAGGGUCCCGCCAAGGGCCCCCCGGACUGCGCCAUCACUCAUGUUCUGUGGUGGGGCCUUUUGCUGUGCUGUUUGGUGGAGAAACUCUGACCAGAGCUAGAGACACCGUCUGCAAUGACCUCUACAUCUAUGAUACUCGCAAGUCUCCUUCUCUGUGGUUCCACUUCCCAUGUGCAGACCGUGGGCUGAAACGAGUGGGUCAUCGCACCUGCCUUUGGAAUGAUCAGCUUUACCUGGUCGGGGGUUUCGGUGAGGAUGGCAGGACUGCUAGCCCACAGGUUUGCAUCCUAGACCUCUUUAUUUAAAAAAUAGUGCCAAAACAUACUGCCAAGACUUUGGUCGCAAACCCAUAAAGUAUUAUCACUACUGUUAUCUGCCUCAUUUCAAAUGCUUAUUAAAUUUCAAUUGAGAGUCAA